CGGACACUUCCUCGGCGUUGCAUAUAUCUACCAACAUAUCGUCUAAUAAUCCACCGAGCGUGAGAAGGAACGCGAGGACAGGUGUAUCACGAUGGACGAUGACGACCCUAGCUGCCUCGAGGCAAUGCUACUCUGGCUAUACGACUGUAAAUACAACCGGGAUCCGUAUGAAGCGCCGGAGGGAAAGAGCGUUCUUGCUCAUCACGCCGGCGUAGUAGACUUGGCCACCAAAUAUAACCUGCCCUUGCUCGCAGAAUCCGUACGACAGCUGUUGGAUGAUUUCAUGGACAAUUUGGUGUAUUCAGGCUCCUACGACGACUGCUUACGAGAAAUCACAAGUAUCUUUGAGGUCGAGCACGCGUCAGAGUCCUAUCUUCGCACACAGGAAUGCAUCAUCUCAUGGUGGUGCGAUAACAGGGCAAUGGUACAUGGAUGCCUCGAGGACGAAGGCUUCCUAGAGUUACUUGAAGCAUGUCCUCGCUUCAGCCGUAAGAUCGCAUAUCACUUAUUCAUGCCGAAAAAGAGUGAAGCAGAAUGACACGAGGGACGCAAGGUUGGAGUACCGAUCUUGACGAUUUAUUUAACAAUUGUUUUGCACGCGCGCACGUGAAGGUCGCCAGGGCCGUUGAUCACACGCAUUGAAAUUGUACGAAAAGAGCUGUAUAACUUCUCAAGAAUUCAGCAC